UUCCAUCAGAGGGCAGGCUGGUCAGGGGGUCUACCCAGACUCCUUGACCGCGGAGCAGGUCUUGGCUACCCGACCUAGCCCUGUGGAUUUGAGCCUUGGAAAGCCGGCAGUGCAUGUUUCCACUCCACUGAAACAUCCGAGGAAGUGUGGCCUGCUGAGGACCUGAGGAAGCGCCCAUGAGUGAAGGGGUAGCCCGGGAGCCUGGUACACUGUGGGCACCAGGGAUCCCUAGGGGAGGAAGCUCUGCAGCCCCCAAUCACGGACGGAGCAGCAAGCCCUUGCACCUCUGAGCCAUCUCCCUGCAAACGCCACACCAAGCUCCUGAGAAGGCAGGGGCUUCCCUGCGCCCGCCCGGACCCUAAGCCCCGCCCCGCCAGGUGAAUUGACCACACCCUGAGAACUAGCUGAGGCUCUGGGGCGGCGGCAGCAGCAGGAAGACGCUUCUCUCGGCUUCCUCUCGGCGGCACGGCGAGGGUCUCCUUUCAGGAUCAUGAGCAAGAGACGUCGCCCCCAUGGGCUCCCAGCUUCCUGCUCUCCCGGGGCGCUCUCCUGCCCCUCUGAGCCAGAGCUGGGGUCAAGAUGGGGCCGGGGCCCUGGGGUCGAUGAGGUGCCCAUCAGGGAAGCAGGCGCCAAGGGGCAGGAUGACAGACACCAGAAGCCCUCCCUGAACAAAGAGCGGGUGGGAGGCGGCCUGGAGCGUCCCCACCCCGCCUCUCCCAGCGCCUGCUGAACCGAGACCACAGACAGAGAGGCGGGGAGAGCAUGGCCGGGGCCACGGCCGCUCUGCUGCCCCUCGUCCUGCAGCUCAUGGGCCUGGCGCUGGCCCCGGGGAUGGGCAGAGAGCCCCUGCUGCCCUCCUCUACCCAGAGGAGGGAUGGCGGCUGGGGGGAACCAAGCCCAGCGUCAGACUAUCCCCCCACAGCCGCUAUCGUCCUGACUGCAGCAGAGGGGCCAGACAUCCCCCAUGGCUGGGGACACCUACAGAGUCAGGGCAGGCUGCAGGGAGGCCCUCUGCUCCCCUCCACACCAGGGCCCCCAGGGAGGCAGGGUCCCUGGGGAUUGUACCUGCCUGAGGUUCUUUCUACUUGGGAGAGCUGCUUGGGGUCUCUUUUGUCCACCCAGGCUCCCUCCUCCUCCUCCCUGGCUUUCACUCCAGCCCCUCACAGACCGUCUCUCCUUCCCUGGAUGGUGGGUAGCAGGUGGACAAGAGUGGGGCACCGGAUGCCUCCCCCCUCCCCCGCCCGUGGGAAGACAAGCCCAGGAAACCCUCCGAGCCCCUCACCCAUAGGCCUUGCCUGGAUUCUUGUGCCUUCAGGGAGUGUUGUCCCCAGGGAGCCCCCAGGUCUUGCUGACAGCCGUGACUACCAGCCACAGGCACCGGCCUACUCCUCAGCCCUGGCCAGGGCCCCCCGGGAGCUGUGGCGCCCCCUGGAGGAGCGGCUGGGAAGGCUGGAGGCUGAGGUGACCCAGCUCAGAGAACAGAACCAAGUCCUGCAGGGGAGGGUGAGGCAGCUGGAGUCCUGUGAAUGCCACCCGGCUUCUCCCCAGUGCUGGGGGCUGGGCCGGGCCUGGCCCGAGGGGGCGCGCUGGGAGCCUGAUGCCUGCACAGCCUGCGUCUGCCAGGACGGGGCUGCACGCUGCGACCCCAAGCCCGGCCUGCCCCGCUGCCGUGGCUGCAGCCACAAUGGUCAGACCUACGGCAAUGGGGAGACCUUCUCCACAGAUGCCUGUACCACCUGCCGCUGCCUGGAAGGAGCUGUAACCUGCUCCCAGAAGCCAUGCCCAAGGGGACCCUGCCUGGAGCCAGGAGCCUGCUGCCCGCACUGUGAGCCAGGCUGUGAGUAUGAGGGGCAGCUGUAUGAGGAGGGGGCCAACUUCCCGUCCAGCUCCAACCCUUGUCUCCAGUGCUCCUGCUUGACGAGCCUGGUUCACUGUGUGCCCAUGAAGUGCCUGCCCGUCCCCUGCCCGGAACCAGUCCUGAGGCCUGGGCACUGCUGUCCCACCUGCCAAGGCUGCACGGAAGGUGGUUCUCACCAGGAGCAUGGCCAAGAGUGGACCACACCUGGGGACCCCUGCCGGAUCUGCCAGUGCCUGGAAGGCCACAUCCGGUGCCGCCAGCACGAAUGUGCCAGCCUAUGCCCGUACCCUGCCCGGCCCCUCCCGGGCACCUGCUGCCCCGUGUGUGAUGGCUGCUUCCUAAACGGGCGGGAGUACCGCAGCGGGGAGCCCGUGGGCUCUGGGGACCCCUGCUUGCACUGCCGUUGUGCCAAUGGGAGUGUCCAGUGUGAGCCUCUGCCCUGCCCAGCCACGCCCUGCAGAUACCCAGGCAGGAUCCCUGGGAAGUGCUGCCCAGUCUGUGAUGGCUGUGAGUACCAGGGACACCAGUAUCAGAGCCAGGAGACCUUCAGACUCCAAGAGAGUGGCCGAUGUGUCCACUGCACCUGUCAGGCCGGCGAGGUCUCCUGUGAGGAGCAGGAGUGCCCAGUGGCCCCCUGUGCCCUGCCUGACUCUGGCCCUCAGCUCUGCCCAGCCUGCGUGCUUGAUGGCGAGGAGUUUGCCGAGGGGGUCCAGUGGGAGCCUGAUGGUCAGCCCUGCAUGGCCUGCUCCUGUCAGGCUGGGGUGCCCAUGUGCAGGGCUUUGCUCUGCUCCCCAGCCCCCUGCCAGCACCCUACCCGGCCCCUUGGCGCCUGCUGCCCCAGCUGUGAGAGCUGCACCUACCAUGGCCAAGUAUAUGCCAAUGGGCAGAACUUCACAGAUGCAGAUCGUCCUUGCCACGCGUGCCGCUGCGAGGAUGGGACCGUCACGUGCUCCUUGGUCAACUGCCCUCCCACAACCUGUGCCAGGCCCCAGAGAGGACCCGGCCAGUGCUGCCCCAGGUGCCCAGACUGUGUCCUGGAGAAACAAGUGUUUGUGGAUGGGGAGCGCUUCUCCCACCCCCGAGACCCCUGCCAGGAAUGCCAGUGUCAGGAAGGCCAGGCCCACUGUCAACCUCGGGUCUGCCCCACGGCCUCCUGUGCCCACCCUCUGCCUGGUCUCUGUUGCCAGCACAACUGCAAUGGCUGUGCCUUUGGUGGGAAGGAGUACCCCAGUGGAGCAGACUUCCCCCACCCCUCUGACCCCUGCCGCCUGUGUCGCUGUCUGAGUGGCAAUGUGCAGUGCCUGGCCCGCCGCUGCCCGCCCUUGCUGUGUCCAGAGCCAGCCAUGCUGCCAGGAAAGUGCUGCCCGCAGUGCCCGGCCACCCCUUCCAGCUGCCCUCGGCCCGGGAGCAAGGUCCCUGCCCACCACCAGGAGCACUUCUCCCCACCCGACGACCCCUGCCGCCUCUGCCUCUGCCUGGAUGGCUCUGUGUCCUGCCAGCGGCUGCCCUGCCCACCUGUGCCCUGCACCCACCCACGCCAAGGGCCCUGCUGCCCCUCCUGCGACGGCUGCCGGUACCAGGGGAAGGAGUUCACCAGUGGGGAGCGCUUCCCUUCGCCCACUGCCAGGUGCCACGUCUGUCUCUGCUGGGAGGGUAGUGUCCGCUGCGAGCCCAGGGCCUGUGCCCCUGCACAGUGCCCCUUCCCUGCUAGGGGUGACUGCUGUCCUACCUGUGAUGGCUGUGAGUACCUGGGGGAGUCCUACCUGAGCAGCCAGGAGUUCCCAGAUCCCCGAGAGCCCUGCAGUUGGUGCACCUGCCUUGGGGGCUUCGUGACCUGUGGCCGCCGGCCCUGUGAGCCUCUGGGCUGCAGCCAUCCACUCACCCUGCCUGGGCACUGUUGCCCAACCUGCCAGGGAUGCCUCUAUCAUGGGGUCACCGCUGCCUCCGGAGAGACCCUUCCUGACCCACUUGACCCCACCUGCUCCCUCUGCACCUGCCAGGAAGGUUCCAUGAGCUGCCGGAAGAAGCCGUGUCCUCCAGCUCUCUGCCCGCAUCCCUCUCCAGGCCCCUGCUUCUGCCCCGUUUGCCACAGCUGCCUCUCUCACGGCCAGGAGCACCAGGACGGGGAGGCGUUUGAGGGGCCCCCAGGCAGCUGUGAGCGGUGUCGCUGUCAGGCCGGCCAGGUCAGCUGUGUGCGGCUGCCCUGCCCGCCCCUGCCCUGCCCGCUCCAGGUGACAGAGCAGGGGAGCUGCUGUCCCCGCUGCAGAGGCUGCUUGGUUCGAGGGGAGGAGCACCCUGAAGGCAGUAGCUGGGAGCCCCCCGACAGCCCCUGCUCCUCCUGCAUGUGUCACGAGGGAGUCGUCACCUGCGCCCGCAUCCAGUGCGUCACCUCCUGUGCCCAGCCCCGCCAGGGGCCCAGUGACUGCUGCCCUCGAUGCUCUGACUGUGAACACAAGGGUCGGAAGUAUGAGCCUGGGGAGAGCUUCCAGCCUGGGGCCGACCCCUGUGAAGUGUGCAUCUGUGAGCUGCAGCCUGAAGGGCCUCCCAGCGUUCGCUGUCACCGGCGGCAAUGUCCCAGCCUGGUGGGCUGCCCCGCCAGCCAGCUACUGCCCCCUGGGCCCCAGCACUGCUGCCCCACCUGUGCCAAGGCUCUGAGUCACUGCACAGAGGGGCUUCUGGGGUCUGAGCUGGCCCUACCAGACCCCUGCUACACCUGCCAGUGCCAGGACCUGACUUGGCUCUGCAUUCAGCGGGCUUGUCCUGAGCUCAGCUGUCCCCUGUUGGAGCGUCACACCCCCUCUGGGAGCUGCUGCCCUGUGUGCCAAGAAUGUGUGGUGGACGUUGACGGCCGGAGAGUGGCGGAUGGAGAGAGCUGGCAGGACCCCAGCAACGCCUGUAUCACUUGCACCUGCCGUCGGGGCCACGUGGAUUGCCACCUUCAGGAGUGCCAGGCCCCCUCCUGCCCCCACGGCUGGGCGAAGGUGCGGGAGGCUGGCAGGUGCUGUGAGAGAUGCCAAGCCCCCACCCAGUCCUGCUUGCACCAGGGCCAGCAGGUGGCCUCUGGGGAGCACUGGGCCGUGGAUGCCUGCACCAGCUGUUCCUGCGUGGCCGGCACCGUGCGCUGCCACAGCCAGCGCUGCCCUCUGCUCUUCUGCAAUCCGGACGAGGCCCCGGCCCUGCAUCCCGGCAGCUGCUGCCCGCACUGUCUGCCCCGGCCCGCUUCCUGCAUGGCCUUCGGAGAUCCUCAUUACCGCACCUUCGACGGCCGCCUGCUGCACUUCCAGGGCAGCUGCAGCUAUGUGCUGGCCAAGGACUGCCGUGGAGGGAACUUCAGCGUGCACGUGACCAACGAUGACCGGGGCCGGAGUGGCGUGUCCUGGACCCAGGAGGUGGCGGUGCUGCUGGGAGACGUGACCGUGCAGCUACUGCAGGGCAGGGUGGUCACGGUGGAUGGGCGCCCAGUGGCCUUGCCCUUCCUGCGGGAGCCUCUUCUGUACGCGGAGCUGCGGGGACGCACGGUGAUCCUGCAUGCCCAAUCAGGGCUCCAGGUGCUGUGGGAUGGGCAGUCCCAGGUGGAGGUGAGAGUGCCCGGCUCCUACCGGGGCCAGGUUUGUGGGCUCUGUGGCAACUUCAAUGGCUUUGCCCAGGAUGAUCUGCGCGGCCCUGAGGGGUUGCUCCUGUCCACUGAGGCUGCCUUCGGGAAUAGCUGGCAGGUCCCAGAGGGGCCCGGACCUGGCCGGCCCUGUUCCAAGGGCCAAGAAGUGGAUCCGUGCCGGGCAGCAGGGUACCGUGCCAGGCGGGAGGCCAAUGCCCGGUGUGGGGUGCUCAAGUCCUCCCCAUUCAGUCGCUGCCACGCUGUGGUGCCACUGGAGCCCUUCUUCGCCGCCUGCGUGUAUGACCUCUGCGCCUGUGGCCUUGGCUCCGCAGCUGACACCUGCCUCUGUGAUGCCCUGGAAGCGUAUGCCAGCCACUGUCGCCAAGCAGGGGUGACGCCUGCUUGGCGGGGCCCCACGCUCUGUGUGGUGGGCUGCCCCCUGGACCGUGGCUUCAUGUUCGAUGAGUGUGGCCCGCCUUGUCCCCGCACCUGCUUCAACCAGCACGUGCCCCUGGGGGAGCUGGCGGCACACUGCGUAAGGCCCUGCGUGCCUGGCUGCCAGUGCCCUGCGGGUCUGGUGGAGCACGAGGCCCACUGCAUCCCACCGGAGGCCUGCCCCCAAGUCCUCCUCACUGGGGACCAGCUACCCAGCACUCUACCCAGCCCCAGCCGGGAGCCCCAGGGGCCACCCUGAGCCAAGACAACACUGACCAGGACGCAUCAGGCCAGAAGUCUUACCUCCAAGAGCAGCUGUCACCCUGCCUGGGCACUGGGGGGGGGGGUCCCACAGAGACCCUGGCCGUGCUGAGUCAGAAGCAGUAAAUGAGGGCCUGCCCUGAGA